CAUUCUUCUUUGCCCUUUUCUCAAGCACGAGGAAGGCACGGCCAUCUUUUCUCUCUACCUCGCCACCGACCAGGGUAUACCCCGUGUUCGAUUGCAAUUAUUUUUUCUUUUUCACUUUCUCUCUCUAUAUCAUUAUAUAUAUAUAUAUAUAUAUAUUACGUGCUUUAUAAUUUUAUUUCAUUAAAAAAAAUAUAUAUUUCCCUUAUAAAUUUGAUUCAUUAACGUCGAAUCUUCUUCCCCAUCUCCAACUCCGAUUCUCGUACCCGGUCAUCGUCAUGGAUGAUUAAUACUCCCAAUUUCUUGCGAUCCCUUUUUCAUCUCUCUUCGAAUCACUUUUUCUCUCUACAACAGCGGAGCGCUCUCUCUCUGUCCCUCUCUCUAGGGUUUUGAAGUCGAACUUCUACUCGUCAGGAGGGAGUUCAAGAAUCGGCUUUCAAUUCCAAGGCUUUCGACGCGUUCGUACCGUGAAUCGACAAUAUUUUCUUUCCGGUGGUUUCAGACGGUACCCUAGCUUCUAUCUGCUACUUCGCUUGGAUAUACUGUGUUGAAGCGGAAAACUUGUUGUCGAUUGCGUCUAUCUCUUGAGCCCAGUUAAGCGUCAGAAAAUGUUGUUUGGUGAUUGUUGAGUGAUUACCAGCAUGGAUUUAAAUGUCUCGCCACAACCAGAAGAAGAUGAAGAGACCUUUGAACCACAUUUAGAAGAAGACAAUGCCCCGGGACAUAUAGGAAAUGUAGAACAUACAGAAACUGCAGUUGAAAUUCAACGCCGGGAGCGUGAAGAAAGACGUCAGCGACUGAAAAGAGAACGCUCAGAUGACAGACCAAUGCAUGCAUAUCAGCCACCUAAGCACGAUCAAAUAUUUCAAGCAAAAAGCCAGAGAGUUUACGAUAAAACUAAGCUUCCUCCUGGUUGGUUGGAUUGCCCUGCAGCUGGUCAGGAAGUAAAUUAUAUUAUCCCUUCUAAAGUUCCACUUGGUGAAUUUUUCAAUGAUUAUGUUUAUCCUGGUAAAAGAUACUCUUUUAGGCAAGUGAUUCAUCAACAGAGAGUUUUAGGAAGAAAACUUGGGUUAGUGAUUGAUCUUACAAAUACUAGUCGUUACUAUCCAGCUUCAGAUUGGAAGAAAGAAGGUAUCAAGCAUGUCAAGAUUCAAUGCAAGGGGCGUGAUUCUGUACCAGAUAAUGAGGCUGUAAAUUACUUUGUCUAUGAGGUUUCACAAUUUCUCUUACGUCAGAAGCAGCACCCAAAGAAGUAUAUUCUUGUCCAUUGUACACAUGGGCAUAACCGCACAGGGUAUAUGAUUGUUCAUUAUCUUAUGCGUACACAACCAAUGUCUGUCACUCAGGCUAUUAGCAAAUUUGCUAAAGCUCGCCCACCAGGAAUCUACAAACCUGACUAUAUUGAUGCCUUGUACAACUUUUAUCACGAGAGAAAGCCUGAAAUGGUCAUUUGUCCUCCAACUCCGGAGUGGAAAAGAUCUUCUGAUCUUGAUCUUAAUGGUGAUGCAGUGCCAGACGAUGACGAUGACGGAGGCCCUGCUGCUCCUUUGCAGGAGAAUAAUGAGACAGAUAUUGUAAUGACAAAUGAUGAUGUUUUGGGGGAUAGUAUACCUUUUGACCAGCAAGAGUCGUUUCGGCAGUUCUGUUAUCAAAUGCUGAAGCUGAAUGUAGGGGGAAGAGGAAAUUCACAAUUCCCAGGUUCACACCCUGUUUCUCUUAGCAGCGAAAACUUACAAUUGUUAAGGCAACGUUAUUAUUAUGCAACAUGGAAAGCUGAUGGAACACGAUAUAUGAUGUUAAUAACUAUGGAUGGAUGUUACCUAAUUGAUAGGCAUUUUAAUUUCCGAAGGGUCCAGAUGAGAUUUCCUUGCAAAAACACUAAUGAAGGUUUAGCUGAGAAGACUCACCACUUCACGUUACUUGAUGGGGAGAUGAUAAUUGAUACUUUGCCCGAAUCGCAGAAGCAAGAAAGGAGAUACCUGAUCUACGAUCUUAUGGCGUUUAACCAAUCUUCUGUCAUUGAGUGGCCUUUCCAUGAACGCUGGAAAAUGCUUGAGAGAGAGGUGAUUGAACCUCGGAAUUAUGAACGCCAGAACAUAUACCAGAGUAGAAAUCCUUAUUACAGAUACGAUUUGGAACCAUUCAGGGUGAGGAGGAAGGAUUUUUGGUUGCUGUCCACUGUUACCAAACUCCUGAAGGAAUUCAUUCCAAGGCUUUCACAUGCGGCAGAUGGCCUUAUUUUUCAGGGUUGGGAUGAUCCUUAUGUUCCCAGAACGCAUGAAGGCCUCUUAAAAUGGAAAUACCCUGAAAUGAACUCGGUCGACUUUCUCUUUGAGAUGAACGACAAUCGCCAGCUACUUUUUCUGCAUGAACGAGGGAAGAAGAAGCUGAUGGAAGGGAAUAGGGUUGUAUUUACUGAUGAUUCUGACCCCUCGUCAUACUCGGGGAAGAUUGUUGAAUGUUCAUGGGAUUCAGAGAGAGAUGUUUGGGUCUGCAUGCGGAUAAGGAUUGACAAAGGAACCCCGAAUGAGUUCAAUACCUACAAGAAGGUGAUGCGAAGCAUAAAGGAUAAUAUCACUGAGGAUAUAUUGUUGGGUGAGAUUCAUGAGAUUAUUCGCCUUCCCAUGUAUGCUGAUAGAAUACAGAAUGAUAGCAAAGCCCACCACCACCAUUCAAAUUCCGCACGACGUAGGUGAAGGGUGGAGUGGUGACUAAAUGAAGUAUGAUGUCUCCAGUUGAAACUAGUGGCUGGAAAACCUACCAUUCCCCACCGAGGUUUGCCCUAUGUUACUGGCCCCCCAAAGUAAUUAUGGAGUUUGUCACUUUUAAGUUGGGUAUGUGCAUCGGUGUAAUAGCAAAAGGGUCACUUUGGGUAUGUGCAUGGGAGUAUUGUGUAACUAGCUACCCUUUGUUAUAGCAUUGUAACGUGUGCUAUGCUGGUCACUUGUAUGAUCCAGUUGGUACGUGGUAGUUGACAUCAGGUAUGGGACUUUUUUCUCUCUGAUGUUUUUUCAGAGUAGGAUCUUUAUGUAUAUUAGCACUAUUAAUUUUUUAUUUUGUUAGUGGAAGUUAGCCAUUAGUUUUAUAAAACGGUUUUGCAUUUUUUCCAUGUAUAUGAUCUCAUGACAAGUUUAUUAAAAUUUUCUGAUAUUUUUCUUCA